AGCUCAGUGACCCGGUGGGCACGGGGAGGCGACAGCUCAGUGACCCGGUGGGCACCGGGAGGCGACAGCUCAGCGACCCGGUGGGCACCGGGAGGCGACAGCCGCCGGGCUCCACGGCCGCCAGACGGUGGCAGCCCCCGGAGCCCCCUCAGUCGCAAGGCAGUCCUGGGCCGCCCCCAGCCGCAGGGAGGUGACACCUCCCGGCUCCCCUCAGCCGCGGGGAGGUGGCAAUCCCGGGAGCCCCUCAGCCGCGGGGCAGCGACAUCCCCCGGGUGCCCUGGGCGGUGACAGGCCUCGGCGGCGGCGGCGGGGCGGCGCCAGGCCCGGCGGGAGCAGCGCGGCUCCAGGGCUCCCCGGUUCCCGCCGCGGGCCCCGCUCGCUCCUGCGCCUUUAACGCGGCGGCUCCUGCAGCCUCCCCGCUCGGGGCCCGGCGCAGCGAAGAUGGCGGAGUCCGGCGGGGCCGAGUUCGCCGCGGAGCGGCCGAGCAGCAUGGCUGACAAGAACAGCACCCUGAAAUGCACGUUCUCUGCUCCUGGCCACAGCACCACGCUGCUGCAGGGACUGGCCUCGCUCCGAGCUCAGGCUCAGCUGCUUGAUGUCAUCCUCACUAUAAAUAAUGAAGUGUUUCAGGUUCAUAAAGUUGUCUUGGCUGCCUGCAGUGACUAUUUCAGGGCGAUGUUCACGGGCGGCAUGCGAGAAGCCAGCCAGGAUGUGAUCGAGCUGAAAGGAGUCUCUGCCAAGGGGCUCAAGCACAUCAUCGACUUCGCCUACAGCGCCGAGGUGACCCUGGACCUGGACUGCAUCCAGGACGUGCUGGGAGCCGCUGUCUUCCUGCAGAUGGUGCCCGUGGUGGAGCUCUGCGAGGAGUUCCUGAAGUCUGCCAUGAGCGUGGAGACCUGCCUCAACAUCGGGCAGAUGGCCACCACCUUCAGCCUCGCCUCCUUGAAGGAGUCGGUGGAUGCCUUCACCUUCAGGCACUUCCUGCAGAUCUCGGAGGAGGAGGACUUCCUGCAGCUGCCCCUGGAGCGCCUCGUGUUCUUCCUGCAGAGCAACAGGCUGCGGAGCUGCCGCGAGAUCGACCUCUUCCGCGCCGCCGUGCGCUGGCUGCAGCACGACCCCGCGCGCCGCGCCAGCGCCAGCCAGGUGCUCUGCCACAUCCGCUUCCCCUUGAUGAAGUCCUCGGAGCUGGUGGACAGCGUCCAGACCUUGGACAUCAUGGUGGAGGACGUCUUGUGCCGGCAGUACUUGCUGGAAGCCUUCAACUACCAGAUCCUGCCCUUCCGGCAGCACGAGAUGCAGUCCCCGCGCACGGCCAUCCGCUCCGACCUGCUGUCCCUCGUCACCUUCGGCGGCACCCCCUACACGGACAACGACCGCACGGUCAGCUGCAAGGCCUACUGCCUGCCCCACGCCGGCGCGCGCCAGUUCCGCGAGCUCACCCAGAUGGAGGUGGGCAGCAGCCACUCCUGCGUGGCCGUGCUGGACAACUUCGUCUACAUCGUGGGCGGGCAGCAGCUGCAGUACCGCAGCGGCGAGGGGGCCGUGGACGUCUGCUACCGCUAUGACCCCCACCUCAACCAGUGGCUGCGCAUCCAGGCCAUGCAGGAGAGCAGGAUCCAGUUCCAGCUGAACGUGCUGCACGGCAUGGUCUAUGCCACGGGGGGCAGGAACCGCUCGGGCAGCCUGGCCUCGGUGGAGAAGUAUUGCCCCAAGGACAACGAGUGGAGCUACGUCUGCUCGCUGAAGCGCAGGACGUGGGGGCACGCCGGCGCCACGGUGGGGGACAGGCUCUACAUCUCGGGAGGCUACGGCAUUUCGGUGGAGGACAAGAAGGCUCUGCACUGCUACGACCCCAGCGUGGACCAGUGGGAGUUCAAAACCCCCAUGAAUGAGCCCAGGGUCCUGCACGCCAUGGUGAGUGCCAACAGCCGCAUCUACGCCCUGGGGGGCCGCAUGGACCACGUGGAUCGCUGCUUCGACGUGCUGGCCGUGGAGUACUACCUGCCUGAGACAGACCAGUGGACAACAGUGAGCCCCAUGCGUGCAGGGCAGUCAGAGGCUGGCUGCUGUUUGCUGGAGAAGAAGAUUUACAUCGUGGGGGGGUACAACUGGCACCUGAACAACGUCACCAGCAUCGUGCAGGUGUACAACACAGAGACCGACGAGUGGGAGAGGGACCUGCACUUCCCGGAGUCAUUUGCUGGCAUUGCCUGUGCCCCUGUCAUCCUGCCCCAGGUAACCACCCAGAGGUGACCUGGCAUCACCUCCUGCUGCCUCUGACCAGGCUGCCCUCCUCCUCCGUCGUGGUUUGCAAACGGCCUUGAGCAUUUUGUGGGGGAGGGAAGCAGAGGAAGAGCUGCUGCUGCCUUCUCCAGAGCUGCUGCUGCCUCCUCCGUGGAGUCCCUCCCCUCUCACGCCGUGUCCUGGCAAGCCUGACUGCUCAGCAGCACUUCUCAGCCAGUUAGGCUGCACAGAUGUCACAACUGGAGCAAGCUCUGCUUGUCUCUCCUCCCUCCUUCCUCCCCUCCCUCCUUCCUCCCCUCCUUCUUGCCUCUUUCUCCUGCCCUCUCUCUGAGGGGUGCCCCUUGCUGACUUCCCAUCUUUGUGUCACACGUUGCAGGCACUGUCAGCUCAGGAGUCCCCAGGUGCUGUGGGAUGUCCAAAGCAGGCCAGAGCUGACUCCAGGAACCAUUGUCUGUCACUGGGUUGUUUUAGCACACAGCAGACCCAGGCCCUGCCUGACCAACAGCCUGACCUCCAGAAGCAAUAAAGGGACACUGGGAGCUACCAGAACUCAGGUGCUCAGAUUCUGAGAGCAGAUUCCUGCUUCUCCAAGGUGGCUUCCCUUUUUCAACCCUUCUUAGAAGGGGAAUAUUUAUCCCUGCACCCUGCUGGUCUCUUGUUGCCCACCCUGCACCGCAGGCCCAGCUCCCUUCCUCACCCCUGCCAUGCUCUGGGCCAGGAGCUCUCCCUGCCCUGGGGCAUCCAGAGUUUGCCACACAAAAGCCAUCUGGAGAGCUCGAUUCCAUAGGAAUUGUUUAAGUGCCAAUCCCUGCUUGGCCUCGCUGGCAAUAAGAGCUCUGCUGGGCUGAGCCACUCUGGCACCUGCAAGCUCUGGGGUCAGAACCCUCUGGGCUUUGCCUUUGCCAUCCCUGCACCAGCAGGAGCUGGGGCAGCAGAGGAGCUGGAGGCUGCUCCUGCACUGUCUCAAAGGUUUUCUCACCUGGCUUCUAAAUAAGAGACUUGGUGCCAUGAGCUGAGAGCAGGCUCCGUGCACCUGGGGAGGGUUUGUUGCUGUUGCAGGAAAGGAUUUUAAAUGCAGAGGUUGAUCUGAAGGGGACUUUGUCAUUUCAGUCAAAUCCAUGUUUACAGCAGGGGACACUGCUGCUCCCUGAACUUCCCUUUCCUCCAAGCCAUGCUUUCUGAUUCAUUUGACUGGGUAAUGAAUUGCAAUGUCCUCCUUUAAUCAGGAAUUCUGUUCCAAGGGCUUUGUUUUGUACCUGUAUCACUUCGAUUGUGACAUCUUUGGUCUCCCUUCCUAAAGUAACUUACAUCCUGCUGGGCUGUGACUUUGAGGGACAACUCCCAGCCUCUGCCCUGCCGAGGAGCCAUCCAGCAGGGGCUGUGUCAAGCAGGAGCCCCACACCUCAGACCUACAUCAAGACGUUUUGUUCUAGCAGUGACAUCAGAGCAGCUGUGGCUGUGGCAGGGGAGGGCACAGGCUGCUCGGUGAAGCUCUGAGUUCUCUGUUUCAGAGGCAGUGGUCCCCAGUUUCAGCUGCUCCCAUCUCUGUGCUGGUAAUAAAUUAAUGCCAGGUACUUGUUGCAGAGGGCUGCAGACAGGGCCCAUCUCUGCUGCCUGGCUCUCAGGCAGUUAAUUUCCUCUAUUCUCUGCUCAUUUGGUCUGGCAGAGAAGCUGGGAGGCUGUGGAGCAGCCCUGGCAGAUAACGAACACACUUUGAAAGGGAGCAAAGCAAUUCAGUGCGAGCUUCAAAGGUGCAGAGGAGUGGAUUGGCUUCUUUUAAUGCUUCCAUAUGUUUAUGGGAAGGGUUAGUAACAAACGGGAGGUUCCUUGCUUCCCUGUUUGUGGGAUAUCAUUAAUCCUCUUGAUUCCAGAAUCCCAGCAUGGUGGAGGUUGGAAGGGACCUCUGGAGCUCAUCCAGUCCAACCCCCCUGCUCCAGCAGGGCACCUGCAGCAGUUUGCCCGGGAGCACAAUGGCCAGGGAGGGUUGGAAGCUCUGCAGAGAAAGAGACUCCACAGCCUCUCUGGGCAGCCUGCUGCAGGCCUCCAGCACCCUCACACCAAAGAAGUUUCUCCUCUUGGCCAGAUGGAGCCUCCUGGCUUCCAGUUUGUGCCCAUUGCCCCUUGUGCUGUCCCUGGGCACCACUGAGCAGAGUCUGGCUCCAUCCUCUUGCCCCCCAGCCUUCAGCUCCUGCUGAGCACUGAUCAUAUCCCCUCUGGGGCUGCUCUUCUGCAGGCUCUCAGCCCCAGGGCUUUCAGCCUUUGCUCCUCACAGAGCUGCUCCAGGCCCCUCAGCAGCUUCUCAGCCUCCACUGGACCCUCUCCAGUAGUUCCCUGAUCUCUUGAACUGGGGAGCCCAGAAGUGGAUCCAGCACUCCAGAUGUGCCUCAGCUGAGUGUCAGGCAUCAGCAGUCUGUCAUCCUCAGGCCUCACUAUUCCUCCUUGUUUAGUUUACUCUUUCCUCCCAAGAGCAUUUGGAUGGCAGCAGCUGAUUUGGGUGUGCCGAGCCUGCAGCCGCGGUGCUGAUGAGCCCCUGCUGAAGGAGCUGUGCCUUGACCAUGGCUGGCAUCUCUGCGUGAGGGAACUGUGCUCUGUCACUUGCAGCUCCUGAGGUAGGUGAGGGGGUGGGGGGAGAGUGAUCCCUGAGUUGCUGAGAAGGCCUCCUGGAUGUCACUUCUGUCAGCCCAGCAGAACUGUGCUUCCCGUCUGUGCUCCUGGUGGGGGCUGUGUGGAGGAGCAGACACAAAGCCAUGCUGGGACUCUGCUCACCAGGGCAGCUGUUGCCUGCCCGGUACCUGCAUUCCCAUUCCCUGGUGCUGCCAAGGGGAACUGGGGAAGGUUUCCAGCUCCCUUCCCUGGGCAGUGCUGUGCAUCCCCUCUCUUUGUUACUGGAAUGUUCUUUUUAUAACAACCUGAGGAACUCUUUUUCAUACCCUUGGCUGGGAGUGCUCCACCUGUUCUAAAUUUAGCAGAGCCUGGCUCAAAUGUUUGUGGCCAUAUCCAUAUGGAUAAUAAAGUUUGGUUCACCCCUGUGAAA